AUGACCGCCAUUUUAAAUGGAGUUAUUGGUUUUGUUUUGAAAAUCGGUUGUAUUUUUUUCGUUAAAAUGACAUAUACAGAAGAAGAACUUGAAUUACCUGUUCAAAAAUUUGAAUAUUUAGAUCAUACAGCAGAUAAAGUUAAAAUAUUAGAAUUUGAUAAAGAAAAUUUUAAAAUUCGAGCGAAAGGAUAUGGUGAACCUUUUCAAAUUGGAAAACAUCCUCAAGGUGCCGAUGUUAAAGCAAUUACUUAUUCGAAUAUGCAAAUUUAUGAUAAACAAAAUCAACAUGAAGUUUUUGUUAUUGUUGAUAUUUGA